AUGCGUUUUCGAGCAGAUAUACAGAACAACAAUGUGUUUACGAAAUUGACAGCUUCACUCGCGUCAUUGGGACCAGUCGCUUGGGUCAAGUUGAGCAACGAAGAUGUUCGCUUCACUGUGAUUCCUGAUAAUGGCUCAUCGGUCUGGGCGAAGGAUCAAAUAUUCGAAACAUACACCAUCCAGUCUGCAGCAGAGAACAACACAAUCAACCUUGAAGUGCCGCUACAGAAUCUACACCGAGCGCUCAAGUCGGCUCAAAAUGCCAGCCAUGCUUCCAUCCGUCUGACCAAGAAGAACAACAUCCCACUUCUUUCUUUGACAAUCACAACCGCCAUCUUCGCCGGUGCACCCAAGCCGGUAGCACACAGCGCUCCACCAGACCAACAUGGCUACGAUCCGGGCUACCCCACAGACGACGAGUUCGGCAACCCAUUCCUCACAGACGAGCUCGACGAGCCUGUCUACGAUCGUCCAAAUAGAGAAACCAUCAUCACUCAAGACAUCCCCAUCAAAGUCCUUUCGCCAGCCGUGGUAGCAGGCCUCAGCGAACCCCGGGCUAGAGAGCCGGACGUUCACAUUCAGCUUCCACCACUACUGCAGCUCAAGUCCAUCUCCGAUCGCUUCACCAAGCUCGCCGUCUCGAGCAUGAAAACGCCGAACGGAUCCACGGGCUUUCGAGGCAACACAGCGCGGGCACCGAAACUGGAGUUAAGCGCCAACAUGCACGGAUGCUUAAGAUUAAGGCUGAAGACCGACGCCAUGGAUAUCAGCUCAAAGUGGACAGGGCUUAACAAUCCCGAAUUGGAUCCUCAGACGAUCGAAGGCGGUGAGGAGGGUAUCGCACAACAUCCGAGUACUCGAAUGCGAACGCGAGGUGAUCCCGAGGGCAUCAGUGAUGAAGGCUGGGCAGUGGUGAGAUUGGAUGGCAAGGACUGGGGCAAGGUACUGGGCAUUGGCAGAGUGGGUGGACGAGUCAUUGCCUGCUUUUGCGAUGAGCAUGCCUUGAUAUUAUAUGUCUAUCUCACGAACGAGGAUGCGGCUGGCCCAGAAUCGGUGAUAACAUACUACAUCAGUUCAUACAGUCAAUAG